CUGGCCUCCACCAGGCAGCCCUUAUGUGUAACGUCCCCAUCAUUCAGCUUCUUCUGGAUGCGGGUGCGCAAGUCGACAUCAAGGACAACAAAGGUAUGCGGCCGCUUCAUUAUGCUGCCUGGCAAGGCAAGCCGGAACCAGUGGCUCUUUUGCUACAGUACAAUGCUUCCGUCAACGAACAGGCGAACAAGGGCGAGACACCAUUGCACUUGGCCUGUCAACAUGGGCACGUCCUCGUGACGAGUUUGCUGUUGAAAUACCAUUCGAAUGUACUGAUAAGGAACAAGGACCACAAAUCGCCUCUUGAUCUUGCUUGUGAAUUUGGGCGUUACCAGGUUGUAGAGUUACUGCUGCAGCAACAAGCAAGCGGACGUUGCCGUUCUCUGUUAAUAGAGAAUCCCCAGGACACUGCGGAUAACGAUCGUACAACUUGUUUACACCUGGCAGCUAGAAAUGGCCAUGUUGAUGUCAUAAGAUUGCUUCUGAAUGCUGGUAUUGACAUCAACCGGUCUACUUUACGUGGGACGGCCCUUCACGAGGCAGCUAUGCAUGGGAAGUUAGAAGUGGUGCGCAUGCUCAUUGAGAGUGGAGUUGAUGUAAAUAAACCUAAUUCAUAUGACCAAACAGCAUUAGAUAUUGUCCGAUCAUUUACAACGUGUCAUGCCGAGAGAGAAAUGAAACAUCUUCUUAAAGAAAUCAUCAAUGCUGUUCAAGCACGAGCCAUUCGAGAUUACGACGACCCAAACGAUCCUCAUUGUCUGCCUCUAAAAGAAGGACAGCAAGUCACGGUUUUGGAGCAGAGGGCUGAUGGUAGAUGGCGAGGCAUCAUUUUCCAUCCUAACUACACUUCUCAGAGCGGAUACUUCCCUGCCACUGCUGUUCAGCUGUUGGACAGACCAGUUGGUGGAGUUCAGAGGACAGGAACCCUGAAGAGUGGAACCAUGAAGAAGGUUCCUCCUCCAGUGGUGCCUGAACUGUCUUACAGAAAUUCGGGGUCAAGUUUUUCAAGUGGUUAUGGAAGCCAGGCAACUGUGGAUAGAAACUCCUGUGGCAGCUUAAAUACAGAUGAACCCGUUUCGCCUCCACCUAAUUCUCCUAAUUCUGAUGCAUUUGGAACAUUGCCUUCUCCAACAAAGCUUUCACAUUUCUGUUUUCCAGAUGUGCAGAGUCAGUAUACUCAAGUAAUUGUACAUGCUCAACCUGGAAGUCAGCCUUCAACACCUGUUGAUAACCCGCCUGGUCCUUUGGGAUCUACAUCAGUGUGCCAUGCUAUGUUAGAAGACCAGGGUAUUGAUGUAUGUCCCAGUCCAGGUGGGAGUAGUGCUAGUGGCACAUCAUCUAGGCAUAGUAUGUCUAGUGUGGACAGUGGAAGAGCUUCAGGAUCAGAUAAGGUUGUCUCUCAGAAAUCUCAUUCUAAACACAUCCACAUUGAAACCACUGUGCAUAGACACAGUUACCAUAGCUCUACGUCCAGUGUCUCUAGUGAUGAUCUACAGAUAAUGGGAAGCAAUGUUGCUGAAAUGAUCCUCCAUGGCUUGCCUGACGCUGAAAUCUUAUCUGCUUGGCUGACCAGUUUGAAAUACGAAGAUUAUUGCCCAUUGUUUUUACAGGCUGGAUACGAUAUGCCAACCAUCUCUCGAAUGACUCCAGAGGAUUUGACUGCAAUUGGUAUUACGAAGCCUAAUCAUAGACGGAAAUUAAAAGCAGAAAUUGCUAGGCUGAAUAUUUCUGAUGGUAUUCCAGAUUACAAACCAAACUCCUUGCUGGAAUGGCUUCAUUUACUGAGACUUGAAGAAUAUUAUGAAACUUUAUGCGAACAAGGUUAUGAUACGAUUGAUAAAGUAACAGAAUUGACUUGGGAAGAUCUAGAAGAAAUAGGGAUCCAAAAAUUAGGUCACCAGAAGAAAAUUACUUUAGCAAUCAAGAGAGUAAAAGAUAUUUCCAAUGGCAUUAAACGUUCUAGCCAUAUACCAGAAUCAAAUGAAAUAACUGGUAGCUGUUUAAAUACACUUUCACGGCCAACUACUUUAAGUAAUGUGCCUCCUUAUUCGUAUCAUAGUCAAGAAAUAGCCAUCACAACUACACGUUCGAGAAUGUCACCAUCUUCAAAUGAUGGCAGCUUAGAAUUUAAAACAUUCCAACAGUCUCCACCCAAAGAUGAUCUAUUUCAACAUUAUAUCAGCAGUCAUGACUGCAAUUCUCCGUCCCACCAUAGCAACCUAUAUCAGCCAAAUGUAGUUACCAUUCAGGUUCGGUCAACUAGCCGAGGCCGGUCUCUUGAGAGCUUGGACAUGGAUGACUCUGUUUCUACUGUGAUGAAUCCACCAUAUUAUGCAAACUCUGAUUGCUGGUAUGACACUGUUAGUGCUUGGAGGCAUAAUGGAUAUGAUACAGAUAGUGAGCUUAGUGUUCAUGAUCAUUAUUCUUCCUAUGAAUCUGGUGGCACGGCCACACUCAACAGACCAAAGGGAAUGGUUAAACCAAGACCUGUAGCUAAAAUCACAGCAAAAAGUAGACAGUCAGAUCCUGAAAUAAAUUAUGACAUUGAUGAUGAUCCAAAAAGUCUUAAAAUAGCUAACCAAGUAAUUGACAGUUGGUCUCCUCAACAUACUUGGUCCAAUAUGAACUCUUCUCAACUUUAUGGAACAUUAAGGGGGAAGCGUAAUCCUCCACCUCCUCCAAAAAGAACAAAUUCAAUCAAAAAUGAACGCAGUAUUGAAGCAAUGAAAGAUGAAGCAUUUGCUACAUGUGUCAAAGGAUUGGCAUCACGUUUUGUAAUGGGUAGUACAGAACUUCCCCCACCUCCUACAGAUUCUGAGAGGUCUGUAUCUCCAGCACUUACUGAAGACUUUCCUCCACCACCUUCCCCACUGUCUUCUGUUAUGGACCUAACAGACUCUUCUUCAUUAUCCAAAGAGGAUAAUGUUUGUGCCAAAGAUUUACCUGGCGAAUCCCCACGUUCUAAGUUCCGACAGAGAAGGAAAGACUCUGCUGAUUCUAACAUUUCAACUUCCAGUACAGAAUCUAAUUCUUUACCAUUUGCUAAUGAAAAUGUAGGGACUAUCAAGCAACGAGCUAUAAAAACUGCAACUAGUGAGAGUUCACCUGCUGCUUCCCCUUCAUCUACUCUCAGGAAGUCUAGCUUACCAUCAAGUCAAGCUCCUGUGCAAAGCAUGGCUGGUAAAAGGAGUAGUGGAACAGAAAAAACGGUUAAAGAAAGUGGAAGUCGUGCCAUGGAACACUCUUCAGGUGCCACUGAUGUGAUAGUUGACAUAGAGAAUAUGUUGGCUAAUUUAUCAACUCAACUUGAUGCCAUGUUGGAAUAUCAACUCAAUGAGGGUUGAAGAAACUAGCUCAGAACUCUGUCCAGAAGCUUAACCGAACAACUGUUUUUAUUGAAAUUUUGGUGUCAGCAUUUUUGUCCUGGCACAUAGUGAACUCUUUUUGAAUUCUAGCAACUGUAGCUGGCUGCAGUGAUUGCUGUUUAAUUCCUGUCCCCUUUUACCCUCUGUGUAGUUUGUAGACCCAAAGACUUGUUAAUAUUUUGGAUCAGUUUCAUUUUGGAUAGAAUUUUUAAGCAAAACUGCUGUUGAUUGUCUAACUGAACUAUUUUCAUAUCAAGAAAAAUAGUAGAAUGAUUUUUCAGAUAUAUGGAAAAUACAUUUUGGAAGUAGUUUUUGAUUUUUUGCUUAAAUAUAAACUUUUUUUUUUUUUUCCCCAGUUACCUUAAAAUAAGCACAAUGUUAGUUCCCCCCAGUUGUCUUUAAUUAAUUUAUUUUACAGUUCUGUGUUCAAUUCACUUGCUUUACAGUAAUAUUUUAUGAUGCCAUUGUAAUUGGGUUUAUGUUUAUGUAUAUGAAGCAUUCAUAUUUAUUGAAGUGUUAUAUUUUUAAAAAAUUUUUGUCAUGAAUUACCAGGUAGGAAAAUGCUCGUAUGAAUACAUAAAAAAAUAAACUAUGAAUAUGUCUUUUUUUUCCACCUGAGUUAUUAGAAAAUUUAAUUUUAAAUGAAAAAGUCUAAAAUUAUAUCUGCCAAUAGUUAACAAAAAGGUAUCUUAAGUGAAAACGUAUUUGAAAAGUAUUAAAACUCGAAAUUUAAUAUUUUUUAUUAUUUUUUAAUGUUAAUCAUUUUUAUUAAAUGUAUAUGAAUUAAGCAGAAUACAAAUGAUUUUUUUUAAAUCGUUGGUUAUAUGUAAACUUGGAGUUCAGUGCAAUUUCAGCAAAUGGUUUUGAAUAUAGUUAAAUUUUCAUGCAACAAUUACUUUCUUUUUGGUAUUCAUAAUAUAUAUUAUAAUUUAAUAUUAAUUUUUGAAAUUCUAGUAUUGUGAAGUUCACAUAUCUAAACAACCCUAUUGUUGUUUCUUAAUGGAGCAGUUUCAGUUAUAGAAGAUAUCCAGAAUUUAAAUUUAUGUUUUUUUAAGCUUCUGAAAAAGACAGAUGGAAAGAAGAAAAAAGUUGUAGAUAAAAGUGUGAUUAUUUAUAUAUUCACACAUGUUUAUUUCAUAUGCAAGCAAAUAAGCUUGUCAAAAAUAUUGGGCUUUUAGAGAAAAGGGGACAUCCUAUGUAGAUUAAAAAUUAAUAGAAUGGUAUUUCAUUUUCUUUUGCUUUGGAAUGAGAGGAAAGAGAAUUAAUGAUUUUUUUAAACCCGUCCUCCAAUUUUGAGUAAUACAACCUCUCCUUCUGUUAUAAUUUAAUGAUUAAAUGAUGUAUGUCAUGAGAUAGAAUUUUCAAAAACCUUUAUUUCGAGUUCUAUAACUUUGCAUUCAUAAUGAUCAUCAUUCAAGAUAAUCUAUUUUAUCUGAGUAGUUCUUCAGAGAGAUAAAUGGCAACAAUAAUGAAACAAAGAUGUCAUCUAAGAUGUUUAAAAUAUAUGUAUACUAUACUAUUUUGAAUUUCUUUUUAAAAAAUUAAGUGUCAAAGAGGGUUUUUAAAGUAUUCAUCAAAAUUAUGUCAUGAUUUAUGUUCAAUGUAUUAUAUGUUGACAUUGUGAUUAAAUCAAACUUUAUUUUCAUAAAAUUAAUUUUUUUGUGGGGGGGAUGUAACUGAUAUAAUAUGACUCCAUUUUAAUCAUUGCUGAAUUGACUUUAAGAGCAUUUUCUUACUAGAUAUAUAUAGUUUGCAUUUAAUUUUUAUAUGAACAUUUGCUUCAAAAUAAAUAGAGUAUUGAAUAUACAGAAUACUGCAUCAGACAUGAAAUUAGUAUUAUUUUCUUGUUCACUAAUUCUGCUUUAUGUUUUGUAAUUUCAAUUGACUGUUUUGUACCUCUAGGAGAAGUGUGAUUAAGAUUGACUGUUGUUUGUUGUAUGUGAUGGCAGUACUUCAGGUCAGAAUUUGAAGUAGGUCAUUCAGAGUUGCUAGAUAUUGUUCUCGACAAUCUUUGUGUUUUUUAACACGAAGUUAUCACAAUGUGAAGAUGGAUCAUCCCUUUUUGCAGUUUUCUAAAAAUAAUUAUGCUUGGCCCUUGCAGAAACAGUAGAGGUCUAAAGCAUUUGUUUUUCAUGUUUCCUUUUGGAUGGAAGAUUUAAUUAUGUAAAAGAAAAGCUAUGAAAUAAAUAAAGAAGUAGCAUUACUGUUGUUCAUUUUA